AGAGCCGGCUGGAUGUCACCGGAGCGGCCGGGAGGCUUCCAGCUCUCCGCCGUUGUAACGAGCCUGCUGUGAAUUGAAUGGCAGCGGCAGUCGGCUUGUUUUUGCAGUGAAGAAAUGUGAAGCUUCUGCGCCUUUGUGGAGCGGACACAUAUUAAAUAAAUAAAUCACAACACUUUCUGUUCGUCGAGUGUCACACUGUGUCGGUCUGUCCGCGACAAACUUAGUUUAGCAUCGAGCCGGGAGCUAAUGUUGACGCUGCUCGAGGCUCUGCUGUUACUGACGGUUUAAAUCGCCAUAUGAUCACAAACUAGCUAGUUGAGUCGCUAGUUAGCCAACUAGCUAAAUUUAGCUCCGGACCGGAGGGUGAACCGCCGCUCGACUCUCCGCUCUCCCCGCUGCAAACAGUCGUUGUGUGGUUUAUGUGAGUGUCGGGACUCGGUGGUGUUUUACCCGGGGCCCUCCACCGGCUGCUGGUCGCAAGCAGACGAUUCGGGGGGGGGGAGGUAAAGUUAGCCGAGCUAGCAGAGCUGACAUGGCGAGCUGUGAUGGCGACGUGACUCAGUGGAGCUGGGAGCGGAGCGGGAAGGAACGCCGCACUCCGGCCGCGCUCUUCGUCUGCUCGAUGUCCCCCCACCGACCCGCUGAUAUUUAACCUCCAGCCCGCUGGACCCUGAGCUCCGUGAUCACACCAAGUAAACGUCGCUAGCUAAGUUAGUGGAGCUGUUUGUGCCACAUAUUUGAUCUGAUCCGGGCAGGAGGAGGGAGGGGGCUGCACCGAGCCAGGAAAGAAUGCCGAGCUAACACAAUGAGCUGAAAUCCUUCGAGCUGGACUCCCUCAAAUAACCGGAGACAUGAAGGCAGCAGACGAGCCUGCCUACCUGACAGUGGGGACAGAUGUCAGCGCCAAGUACAGAGGAGCCUUCUGCGAGGCCAAGAUCAAGACUGUGAAACGCCUCGUCAAGGUCAAGGUGACUCUGAAAGGUGAGAGUACGUCCCAGGUGGUGCAGGAUGACCAGGUCAAAGGACCACUCAGGGUGGGCUCCACUGUGGAGGUGAAGACUAACGAGGGUCUAUCCAGCGAGGCCGUCAUCAGUAAGCUGACAGACGCCAGCCUCUACACUGUGGUGUUUGAUGACGGAGAUGAGAAGACUCUCCGUCGAACGUCUCUGUGUCUGAAGGGAGAGAGGCAUUUUGCAGAGAGUGAGACGUUGGACCAGCUGCCGCUGACAAACCCAGAACAUUUUGGGACUCCUGUUAUCGGCAAGAAGUCGAACCGUGGUGGGCGCCGUUCGUCCCAGGCUGUGGCUGAUGAGGAGAACGAGUCCUCAUCCAGUGAGGAUGAGGAGGAGGACCGGAGGCGGCUGAAUGAUGAGCUGCUGGGUAAAGUGUGCAGCAUUGAGAACGAGGAGGAGCCCAGCAGCUGGUACCUGGCUCUGGUGGUGUCUCCGAGCUGUAACGACGAGCUGCUGGUGAAGAAGGAUCAGUGUCUGGUCCGAGCCUUCAGCGACUCCAAGUUCUACACGGUGGCGAGGAGACACGUGCACAUUGUCGGCUCAGUUGGCAUCGCCAAGUCAGAGUUCAGCUCCAGGCGAGGUUUCGAAGCAGCCCAGAUGUUCCUGAGCAGCAGGGAGGUUCCAGAUAUUUGGAAGAUGGACAUGAGUCAGAUCCUGGACUCGUCCUCCAGUGACGAUGAGGACGAUGAAGAGGAGAAAGAGAGUGAUGAUGAGGAGGAGGGUGACGAAGAGAAGAAGAAGAAACACAUAAAGGAGGAGCCCGAUGAAGAGCCAGAUCCAGAAGAGAGAGAUCACUUCCUGCAGCAGCUCUACAAGUUCAUGGAGGACCGAGGGACUCCCAUCAACAAGCCUCCAGUGUUGGGUUAUAAGGACCUGAACCUGUUCAAGCUCUUCAGACUGGUCUACCACCUGGGAGGCUGCCACAAGAUUGAGUCUGGGACCGUGUGGAAGCAGGUCUACAUGGAUCUGGGGAUCCCUGUCCUGAACUCUGCUGCAUCAUACAACGUGAAGACGGCCUACAGGAAGUACCUGUAUGGGUUUGAGGAGUACUGCCGCUCUGCCUCCAUCACCUUCAGAACGAUCCAUCACAACAACCCUCGCCCUCCCACCGUUCCAACCAAUCAGAAUCAGACGGGUCCAGAGCUGAAAGAGCCUUCCAGGCCACCCCUGAAGGUGGGAACUGUGGAUGACAAGAUGGAGGAGGCGGAGUCAGACAGUGAGAGCGAGAAAGAGGAGGUGAAGGAGAGACAGUUGUCCCCGAGGGGGCGGAGGAGGUGUGUGGUCAGUCAGGUGAAGAUGGAGAGAGAGUCGCCCUCCAGACCAGAGAAGAGAGGAGGAGGAGGAGAAGAUAUUAUUGAGGAGCAGCGGGAGAUGAGGAGACGCAGCAACAGAAGAAUGGACGACUCGGAGAAAGGCUCUGAAGAAGAGGAUGAGGAGGAUGAAGAUGAAGAGGAGGAGGUGGAGAGGAGGCGAGGAGUUGGGAGUGAGGAUGAGGAGGACGAGGACUCUCUGACGGGGACGAAGGUCAGAGUGAAAUACGGCAGAGGGAAGACUCAGAAGAUCUACGAGGCUCACAUCAAGAAGACUGACGUGGAUAACGGAGAACAGUUCUACCUGGUUCAUUACUAUGGCUGGAACGUCAGGUACGAUGAGUGGGUAAAGGCUGACAGGAUCAUCUGGCCCGUGGAGAAAGGAACCAAGAAGAGGCAGAGGAAGAAGGUGAAGCAGAACAAAGAAAAGGACGAGUCUGAGAAGGAGCGGGACAAAGAUGAGGAGAAGACUCCGUCAAUGGCAGUGAAACCUACCGGAGCGAAGCGUGGUCGUCCUCAGAUCAGGACCACACCCACUGGCUCAACAGGACGCAGCGUCUCCAAGACGCCCAGCAGUGAGGGACGCUCAAACGGCAGGAGGACGGAGACGCCGUCCAACAUGGCCAACGGAGACAACACGCCUCGCAGAAGAACCAGGAGGACAUCGGGCAUGUAUGACUCAGACCGAGCGUCCAAUGAUCAGUCUGGGAGCUCAUCAGAGGACAGCGAAUCAGAAGACCCGCCUGACAAGAAGCUGUCACCAUGGCGAGGGAGGAGUGAAGCCCCGCCCUGCCAGGAGGAGGAUGAGGAGGAGGUGAAGCAGCAGCAGCAGCAGGAGGAGGAGGAGGAGGCGGAGGAGGUGGCGGAGGACAUUGAGGCUGCUGAUGUCACAAAAAACACCAACGACAACACUGCAGACACAACAACAGCAUCACAGAUGCCCACCGCCACUGCGCCGCCGUGUCCCAGCAUGCCUCAGGAAAAAGCUGACAAAGUCCUGAGCCAAUCGGAGAAGAAGGAGGCCGAGCAGGGGGAGGAGCCUGCAGGGGAGGCUGCCAUGCUGCCUGUUCAGCUGGACAAGGAGAACAAGAUGUCUCCAGAGCAAGUAACGUCUACUGGACAGGAAGUGCUUAGACGGACGUCCCCCAGCAGGAUGUCUCCUCAGGCCGACAAGACGAACAAGAUGUCUCCUGCCACCGCUGCAGACAAACACAAGAUGUCUCCUGAAAAGUCGAUGUCGUCACCUCAGGCAGACCCCACAGAUGAGGACAGGUCCGCUCCUCUCUCUUCCCCCAGGGUCAAAGGUCGCAGGUCUAUCUUCAGGGAGGCGGGCUCUGAGACACCUACCAGAAUCCUCCUCUGCAGUCCAGCACCUGCCCCCAGCCCCUCCCACAUGGCAGCGCUGUCGUCUCCUCCUCGCAGCGUCUUGAAGAGGCAGGACGAGCCCAUGGUGGUUCUCCACUGCCUCCCCAGCCAGCGAAUUCCCCCUGAGUCUCCCGCUGACUCGGACACUGACUCCGCCACCGAGGAGGAGGAGGAGGAGGAGGCGGGGUUACCUGAGGAGAGGAGCAGCUUGGUGCUCAAACGUAAAGCAGUGGAGCAGCGAGCCGGAGAUAAGAAGCUCCGCCCUGACAGAAAGGAGGAGGUUGCAGCCCUCAAAACGCUGCCUCCCAAGAUGGCCACUGAUGUGUCACCUGUCCGCAGGGUGGAGUCAGAGAGGAGGAGCGAAGGAGUGCUGAAGGCAGAGGAGUGGCCCCUCCCAGCCGAGGCGAUGCAGAGGGAGGUGUCAGAGGAACGUCUAACGGGUGUAGCUGCCAAGGAGCCAGAGGUGCUUGCUGGGACCACUCCCACAACUGUGGAGGCCCCUGGCCCUGCCCCCACUGAGGAGGCGGAGCCACAGAUUGGCCCCGAGGCGCUCGUCUGCCACGAGGUGGACCUAGACGAUCCAGAUGACAAGGAGAAGCCCUCCCCCACCACCUCCCCGGAACACCUCCUCCUCAUGAUGAGGGAACAGCAACCUGCCCCGCCCCCGCUGCCUAACCUCCUCCACACCCCCCUCCCCUCCCCCCACCUCCCCCAGCCUCAGGUCAGGCCAUUUCUGCCCGCUGCCACUCCCAGCUCCGCCCCUUGCCUUGAGGAGCUCCACCCAGCCAGGAGCACAGCUGAGGAGGAGAGAGGAGCAACGAGGGGGGAGCAGGAGGGAGACUCCAGCCCCGGGUUUGAUGGCAGCGCCUCUUCUUCCACCUCCACCUCCCUGCUGUCACUGCAGGAUAACAAGGACAGAGGUCAGAAGAGGGUGAUGGAUUGUAACUUGAGUCCGACGGCCAAGAAACAGAAACGCAACCAGAAACGGCCGCACACACCUGGGAAGGUGGAGAAGAACGGAGCAGGUCACAGCAGUGACAGCGAAGAUCAGUCUCGAGUGUCUUCGGUGUCUCAGAAAUCUCAGAAGUCUCGUUGUCCCGCUCUGUCGUCUCCGUCCUCUCACAAAGACAAACACAACUUCUCCCCUCAGAGGACGUACAAGUGGACCUUCCAGCUCGACGAGCUGGACAGUAUGUCGAGCACAGAGAGGAUCUCCUUCCUGCAGGAGAAGCUGCAGGAGAUCAGGAAGUACUACAUGACCCUGAAGUCGGAGGUGGCGUCCAUCGACAGACGCCGGAAGAGACUAAAAAAGAAAGAGAGAGAAGUGUCCAACACGACUGCAUCCACCUCGUCGGGCUCUUCAGACACCGCCAUGAGUCCGUCUUCGGCCUCCCCCACUCAGAACACCGUCGCUGUCGAGUGCAGGUGAUGACACGCCCACUUCCGCACCACCUCCUUCUGCUCAGCUCUGUCCCCUCCCAGCCACAGACUCCGCCCACUGUCAGCUCUGAGGGCAUGAUGGGGAAAAAAACACACAAAAACGUCCUUCCUGGUCAGUGUGAGCUCGACGAACGCAGUGGCUGAUGGGAGGGGAAAUGCCACCACCUGACCUUAGCCCCGCCUCUUCACCUAUGGACUGACUUCCUGUUUAAGGAGAGACCGAAAAAUCAGCCGUCUGUUCAGCCGCCACAGAGCACUUCCUCAUUUCCUUAUGUCCUUAUUUCCUCCCUCCUUCCUCCAGUGCGUCUGCUGGUGUCAGUCAUGUGACAGGUUGUGUUUGGGUCAGAGGUCACAGGUCUAGUGAAUUUCCUUUUGUGGUCGACAGGAAGUAGAUUCCUGCAGCAGCACAGCUCAGUAUGCAAGUUUAUUUUUUUCUUUUUCGUUAACUCACAUUUUUUAAAGGAAAAACAGAAAAGUUAAAGUUUCCUGCUGUGAGUGUUUUUGGCCUUUUUAUACAGAAUCAGAGCUUUUAUUUUGGUAAAAACAAACAAAAAAUUCAAAAAGUGUGAUGUCACAGCGAGAAGAUGGAAUAUUUGUUUAAAUGGAUUUUGGGGAUUUUUGUAAAAUAAUUAAAAUGAAGCUUAUUUAUUCAGUUAAAAUCCUGUGUGUGUGUGUGUGUGUGUGUGUGUGUGUGUGUGUGUGUGUGUGUGUGUCUUCAGCCAGAUGAAUGAAGAAAAGUGAUGAAAAUUAAAACUGAUGAGUUAAAUUGGUGAUUUAAAAAUAACUCAAUAUUUAAAUUGAAUUAAAAUAAUCACAAUUUUCAUUCAACUAGAAUUUUGAAAAAAAUGUUCUACUUUUUGUUUAAACAGUUUUAAUCUGAGCAGCAGCGUCAGUUUGAUUCGGUCUCAUUGUGACUCGAGUUAAUUUUCAUUUUAAGAAUCUUACAUUUCUUUAUGUGAUUUUAGUAUUCAGAAUAUUAAUCUGAAAUUGUAACUCUCAUGAGUUUAUUAUUUUCAUCCUUCUAAACAUGAAAUAAUUUUUCUUCUGGCUGAUCCGAUGUUCUGUACGUUGGGUCCUGACCCGGCUCCUGGAGGACCUCCCAGCUUCUUCUUCUGUGGUUUCCUCUGCGUGGCUGACAGACGGCUGCUUCAUCCUGUUUGUUUUGUACAUAACGUUCUAAGUAAAGAAGAGAAACGGCUCCAUGUAUUUGAGAACUACAUUUUACACACCUGUAAAGAAUGAUUUAUAAUAUUUUCUAAGAGAAGACUGUUUGUAACGUUGUAUUAUGAACUCCUCAGUUUUAUUUUUUUCUUUCUAUGUGGUGUUUUGCUAGCGGCGGUUUGAGAGCGACAGCUGUAAAUAGAAACACACACUUCCUCCUGACAGCAGAAAGAAGCCAUGUUGGACAAUAAACAGCUCUCUGUUUCUAAUAAAGUUUUUAAAUACGA